CUCGUAUUCGCAAAAUGGUGGACUGCCUGUUUGCGUGAAUGCUUUUUUCUUCCGGAAAGGAAAAACUCCCAUUGUAUAUUUCAAUUUUAUUACUUUUUAACUUAACUAAGGUUACUCACUUUUUUUUUAAUCGGGCUUUAUUGAAAAAUGUAAAUAAUUUCUCCUAUUUACCGGUAAAUAUUGUGUCCGAAAUUUUUCACUUUUUACCCUCGAUAUAGCAUCCACAUCAAGCAGGGAUUUGCUAUCUGGUUAAUUAUUACUUUUUAUUUAGCUGUAUGAUAAUGUAUACGGCCUGGUGACCUAGUGCAAAAAAAAUCUAGCUGCCUGGUAGAGCGUACCUACCAUUAAACUGAAAUUCUCUAUGUGAUUCACAAAUAUGAAAAAGAUGUUUAUGAGGGGAACUACCACCGAACAAGAUAAUCGCUUUAGCGAUAAGGAGAAGAAACUCCUUAAACAAAUGAAAUUUAGCGACAGCUUGAACCAAAGGAUUGACAUGUCCAAAAUCAAAUUGGAAGUCAUAAGACCUUGGAUUCAAGACAAACUCACUGAAAUAUUGAAAAUUGAUGAUGAUGUUGUUGUUAAUUUUGUCUAUAAUCAGUUAGAUGAAAGGUUUCCUGACCCUAAGAAAAUCCAAAUAAAUCUAACUGGAUUUCUUCAAGGGAAAAAUGCAAGAGAAUUCAUGGCAGAACUUUGGGCUUUGCUGAUUUCAGCACAGGAAAAUCCCACUGGCAUACCAGACUCUUUAAUUGAUCUUAAACGAGAAGAAUUAGCCAAGAAAAAAGAAAAAGAAGAUCGAGAAAGAGAAACACGCGAACGCGAAAAGUCGGAAAAAGAAAAAAAAUAUAGAGAACGUGAAAGGUCAAGAUCAAGAUCCCGCAGAUCACGCUCCAGAGGCCGUAAACGUUCUACUAGUAGAAACAGAAGCAAUAAAGGCAGAGAAUUCAACAAAAAGUCCAGAAGCAAAGAAAGAUUCUCAAGAUCUAACGACAAAAAAUCUAAAAGCAGAGACCGAACCUCCAAAAGCAAAGACCUCCAACCGCUAAGCAAAGACCGCAAAUCCAGAAGCAUGGAUCGCAAACCCAGAAGUCCAGAUCGCAAUUCCAGAAGCCGGAAUUUGAAGUCGCGCAGCAGGGAAAGGAAAUCGAGAAGCAGAUCUAGAAGAUCGAGAAGCAAAGAUUCUAGUUUUCGCAAUCAAAAUGAUCGGUCCAGGAGCAGGGAUAGGAAAUCUAGGAGUAGGGACAGGAGGAGUCGGAGCAGGAGUUUAGGUGCUAUCAAUUCUAAGGAUCGUUUGAAACGGGAUAAGAGGUCCAGGAGUAGGCAGCGAAAAUCGCCUUCAAGGUCGUUGUCGCCUAAAAGAGACGAUUUGCGGAAUAAUGGCAAUGUUAGUCCUAGAGGGGAGAAACCUAAUGGAAAUCCUGGGAACUCUGGAAAACGUGAUAGUUCUGGUCCACCAAUGUCUAAACUUCAAGCCAAACUGAUGUCGCUAGCCGAUAACAAUCAAUUGGCACGUGCCCGAUCCAAAUCCAAAAAUGGUUCCAGGUCUCCAGGCCAUUCAAAAUCCCGGUCAUCUAGUCGAGGAUCCAACAGAGAGAAAUCUCGGUCCCGUUCCAAGGAGCAUCCAGAAAAGGACCGGAGACGCUCCAGGUCUAGCUCCCGCGAAUUCGAGAUACGGAAAAACGAAAAUAGUAUCCAGAAGAAGCGUCACUAUAGGUCCAACAAGGACAGUUCAGACAGUGAAGUUGAUAGGAAGAGGAAACGGUCCACUUCUAGAAAGAGAAGUAGGGAGGUUGUUAGAAGGAGCGGGUCAAGGAUUAAAAGGUCUGCCAGUAGGAAGAGAAGUUUGUCAAAGAGAAGGAGCACAUCGAAAAAACGGAGCUUGAGCAGGCGCAGGCGCAGCCCCUCGAGAAAUCGCAAGAGCCCAUCGCAUCGCAGAAGCUUGUCGCGCAGGCGCAGCGUCCAAAGGGGACGCCGCAGCUUCAGCAGGAGAAGGAGCACAAGCAGACCGAGAAGAAGCCCGAGUAGAUCAAGGAGAGGAAGGAGAAGUCGAAGCAGACGCAGUCCUGUCAGAAGGAGAAGCCGUAGUUUGAGUCGCAGGAGAAGCAGGGAAAGAAGGAUAAGACGUUCUCGCAGCAGAAAUAGAGGAGGCGGUUUCAGAAGAUCAUCUCCUGUGAGAAGACGAACAAGAUCUAGAGACAGAAGAUCUCGUUCAAGAAGACGUUCAGUAGAAAGAAAUAGCAUUAAACGUCGUUCGCCAAUAAAAGAGAAGUCAAAAGAAAGGAUAGUUCGUAAAAUGAGCCCAAGUCCUGUUAAAAAAGGUCCAAGUCCCUUGAAAAAGAUGCCCACUCUUCAGAAAAGGGAAGAAAAACGUGAAGUCGAGGAUAUUAGAAACAGAAAAGUAACAGCCGAACUUGUUAAUAGAAGCGUAGAAGAAAAACGUCGUGAAAUUCCAGCUACUAGCCGAAAGUCUGUUGAAAUUUUAAAGAGAAAACUUGAAAAAGAAGUCAAUAAAAACGAAGGUCCAGAAAGAAGAAAAAUUAGCUAUUCUGAAAACAAUUCACAUCACUACGAAAGCAAACCUAAGGAAAAGGAACGCAAGAGAUCAAAAUCAAGAAGCCCACUAAAGUCUCAUCCUAUACCUCCUAUGGGUCCUCCACGUUACUCCAGAAGUCUUUCUAGAACUCCAUCGCCGUUUAUAAAAGCUGAAGAAUUUCCUCCUUCAGCAAAAACUGAAACCAUAAUUAUCGAGGACAAAAAGAAAAAACAAAAAGAAGUCAAAGAAAAACCCAAAAAACACACCAAAAAAGUCAAAUCAGACACGGAAUCUUCAAGUGAAUCCGAAUCAGAAGAUCAAAAAGACAAGAAAAAGAAACGCACUAAACGAAGAUCCAAGAAACACCAAACUAGCUCCAGUGAUAGUGAAGAUGAUGACUCAGGCGAUAGCAAGAAAGAUAGAACUAGCAGUGUAGAAGCUAAACUUAGGAGCAAAAAACAAAAACACAAAAAAGAUGAGGAAAGUACUGACGACAGAAAGUCAUCAAGGAAAAAACAAAUUAGCUCUGAUUCAGAGGACGAAAGAAAAACUAAAAAGAAGCGUUCUGAAAGUACUGAAGAAAAAAUCAAGAAAAGCAAUAAAAGAGAUGAAUCAAGCGAUUCUGAUAGAAGUCACAAGAGAACUAAAAAACGUAAAGACAGCUCAGAUGAUUCUGAUAAAAUAAAACCCAAAAAAUCACGUAAAGAUUCCUCUUCAGAUAGUGAAGAAGAAGCUGGCAAAAAACGCAGACACAAGAAGAAACCCAAAUCAGAAAGCGAAUCGGAGGACGAAGGUGAAAAGAAACGUAAAAAAGACAAAAAACACAAAAAGAAAAAGAAGCAUUCGAGGAAACACAAGAAACAUAAGAAGAAGAAAGCGGAUAGUGACGAUUCGGACAGUGACGGGGACAUAAUUGUGGAAGAAGAGAAAAAGUUGCGCGAAAAAGCCCUAAAAUCGAUGAAGCGGCAAAAUUCGAGUGACAAAUCGAGUAAUUAGGUUGUUUAAAAUUAAAUAAAAAUAAUUAGCCAUAAGUGUACUGUUUUUCAAUAGAACGUUGAAAACUUUUCAACUACAUAAUUGUUUUGGAUGCUUUUAGUUAACUUUUAAGUACUUCGGUAUGUUACAUAAUUCGUGAGGAGUAAAGUUUUAAGUGUAGUAGUCAGAAGUAAAUAAAUCUUAUAUUUACAAAUAAUUAUUGUUUGUUUUACUGAUUAUUUUGACUA